GGGCGCGCGGACACUCGUUGACCUCAUUCGCCCGCCCGCGAUAGAUCACUGUUGAGCUCGGUCGAGUACUUGCUUGAGAGAGCCAUUUGGAGUAAGAUCUUGAAUCUUUGAAGGCAGACGACACCUGUGCUCUGGGGCUUUUUGAGCUUCUGAGAUAUCACAAGAUCUGGCCCGCACAUCCCUGGCUUAGUCCUGCGUCAUGGCCGACGCAAAGCUAUUCACUCGAGGGCGGACAGAGGAGCUCCGUGAUGAGCUUCGUCAAUCUGGUGACAGGCGGGACAAGGGAUUUUUGAGGAAGAAGACGGCCUUAAAGAAGAUUGUAGCUAACAUGACCAUGGGGAAUGAUAUGUCGAGCUUGUUCCCGGAUAUGAUCCAGUGUAUGCAAAUUCAAGUCCUAGAGAUCAAGAAAAUGGUGUAUCUAUAUUUGGUCAACUACGGGCGAGCGAGACCCGAACAAGUCCAAGGAGCUAUCGGCGGUUUUUUAUCUGACUGUAAUGACCGUAAUCCGUUGAUCCGUGGACUGGCAAUACGGACAAUGUCCUCCAUACCUUUACCACAUAUCGUUCAGGCAUUGGCGGAUCCUCUGAGACACGGACUACAGGAUCAAGAUCCGUACGUCAGGAAGACGUCGGCAAUUGCGGUUGCCAAAUUGUACUCGUCGGACCAUGGAAGGCGUUUAGUCGAGCAUGAAGGAUAUGUGGCUAUGCUGAGGGAUCUACUAGCGGAUCACAAUCCUACAGUAGUAGCCAAUGCCGUUUCCGCUCUGGUGGAGAUAUCUGAUAGAAGUACCGAUAUUUCUCUGCGUCUGAAUGCGACUGUAGCCGGAAAGCUUGUUGCUGCGCUGGGCGAGUGCUCAGAAUGGGGUCAAAUCUACAUCUUGGACUCUCUCUUGUCCUUUGUUCCUCAAUCUCACAUGGACGCGGAACAGCUCGCAGAGCGGAUCUCUGUCCGCUUACAGCACGCCAACUCUGCUGUCGUUUUGACGACCAUCAAAGUCUGCCUCUACCUGAUGAAUUACAUGGAAGAUGAAACGUUGAUUCGGGCCCUUGAGCGCAAGAUGGGACCACCAUUAGUCACUCUACUCUCUUCUGGAUCCGAGGUCCAGUAUGUCGGUCUGCGAAAUAUACUCCUCAUCAUCCAACGACGGCCCGCAAUCCUCCAAAACGAGGUCAAAGUCUUCUUCUGCAAAUACAAUGACCCGAUUUACGUCAAGCUGGCCAAACUCGAGAUCAUGUACCGACUGACGCGGGAUGAAAACGUUUCCGAGGUCCUCGCCGAGCUUAAAGAGUACGCGACUGAAGUCGACGUGGAUUUUGUUCGGAAAGCCGUCAGAUCCAUCGGCCGAUUGGCAAUCAAGAUUUCCUCAGCGUCCGACCAGUGUAUACAGACACUUCUGAACUUGAUGCAGACCAAGAUCAGCUAUGUUGUCCAAGAAGCCAUCGUCGUCAUUAAGGACAUCUUCAGACGGUAUCCCAACCAAUAUGAAAGUGUCAUUGGGACCUUGUGCGAAAACCUAGACGCCCUGGACGAGCCGGAAGCCAAAGCGGCAAUGAUAUGGAUCGUUGGUCAGUAUGCCGAUAGGAUCGAGAAUAGUGAUGAGCUGCUGGAAGACUUUUGUUUCAGCUUCAGAGAAGAGCCGCCAGAGGUGCAACUGGCCUUGUUGACGGCGACUGUCAAACUCUUCCUUCAUCGACCGACUGCUGCUCAGGAGCUGCUGCCGAAAGUCCUCAAGCUGGCGACCGAGGAAGCUGACAAUCCGGAUCUGCGUGAUCGAGGAUUUAUGUACUGGCGUCUAUUGACUUCCAAUCCAACGGCGGCGAGGGAAGUUGUGCUGUGCGACAAACCUCCGAUCUCUACAGAGACUGACAGGAUGGAUAAGGGCAUGUUGGACCAGCUGCUGCUACACACGGGCACACUUGGAAGUAUCUACCACAAAAACCCAAAUACUUUUAUUCGCACUGCCAAACCCAAAUAUUUGCCAGACUCUCCAGCGUUAAACGCUUCGUCCAGGCGUCACCGUAUAUCACCGCAAGGCAUGGGCGUCAGUACAUUGCGUCCAAGCUCCUCCGUACCGAAGAUCCCUCAGCGUCAAUCGACGGUGCCUGCUUCGCCUCAAGCUACUCGGUCUGUCUCUCAAGCAGCAGCACCAGAUGUCAGUCCGCCGGAACGAAAAGGCACGAUGGACACGGAGGAUGACGAUAAUUUGGCGGAUCCCUAUGGGCAGCUUGGGGAUCUCGAAUUUGGAAGUGGGUCCGGGGGAGGAAUGGGAGGAGGGUACGAGACGGAUGCGCCAAGACCUAGGGGAGCGGAAGAGGAUUUAUUGUUCUAGCGAAAAGGUUUGCUAGAUGGAUGCCACCAGACGGGAUAGGGUAUCUCAUGUAUAGGCGUCUUGCUGACCUGGUGUAGUCAUGAAUUGUGUUCAGCGUAUCCUGUCCAAGAUUCUGACAUUCAGUUUCAUGCCAUGCACUGGCAACCGAAUGGCCUCUGUGGACUAUGCACGAAGUCGACGAGCCUGCACGGCAGUCCGUAGCUCCCAACGCCAGACAGAUUCUACUCCGGGUGGCAUGCUCGCGGCGCCCGUUUGCUUAAUUUUUAGAGCCAAAAAAGGUCUCAGGCAUGCUCACC